AAGAGGGGAAGAAGGCGGCCGGGGCGGGGGGAGCGCUCCUGAGAGCACUGAGGGGCGGGCCGGGGACGGGCGCGAGAGUCACAUAUCUGGUAGGCAGCAAGUCCUGCCACUCCCUGCCCCCCGUCCCGAGAUUGGGCGAAUGUUAUUGGCUCAGCCCGCGAGCGAGCGAGCGAGCGGCCUCCCGUCGACGGUUAUGAAAAGCAGGCGCGCGCGCCGGUCCCGUGUGCGUCUGCGGGCGUUUUGUUGUGAGUGACCAAAGCUGUGUCGCCAUAGAAGCCUUUCAGCUUCGUAUGGGUCGGUGGAAAGGGUUGCCAGGCGCUUGAGGAGGCAUCAUCAGAUAGUUGUGCUGUUGUGCUGAAUGACAUGUGUCCGGCAGAUCCAGCAUCUGAGCAGUUUAAAGAGCCAUAUGAAAGGUUCAUACAUCAGCAUCUUCAAUAUUAUGGCUAUUUCAAAGAUGAAAAUGUUCCUCAGAGCCCCAGUUUGCCUCUUGAAAGUUGGAAGAGUUCUUGCCCUGUGUCGAAGCCGGGUAACUUCCACAAGAAAAGUAGAGCAGAAAAUAAUUCAAGCAAGAACUCAUUCUGUUCACUUAUGAUGGAGACUGCACUUCUUAAAAGCAACCAACUUAUGUUUGACCAUCCAGAAGGGCCUGGUAUUCCGCGCUUGAGAGAACCUCGGAAUCUUUUUUCUCUUCCCCAUGAUUCACUGUUGGCUCCACUCUGGCCAGUAGAAUGUGAAGUGAUCAAGGAUUAUAUCCACCACAUUGAGUGGGUUCCUCCUGAACCUGAACCUUUCUAUCAGCCAACAGAAAAUGAAAUGGCUCCAGAAGUAAUGGGAGAGGAUCGUGGAACUGUUGUCUAUGUCAUAGAUCCAGCAACCAAGGGUACCUGUUUCACUGGUUCCCGAGUUGGAGGGUCGAAAGAGCCCAUCAAAUCAGCUGCAGUCAGCUUAAGAGAUCCAGAAGACACCACGCUGUUGUUUGAAUCACGCUUUGAGAGUGGGAAUCUCCAGAAAGCUGUCAGGGUAGGCAAGUAUGAAUAUGAACUCACAUUGCGGACAGAUCUUUAUACCAGCAAGUACACGCAAUGGUACUAUUUCAGAAUACAAAAUACUAGAAAGGAUGUCACCUAUCGCUUCACUAUUGUUAAUCUGAUGAAAGCCAAGAGUCUCUACAGUGUAGGGAUGAAGCCUCUCCUGUACUCUGAAAAGGAUGCCCAGUCUCAUGGUAUUGGCUGGAGGAGAGAGGGCAGUAACAUUAAAUAUUAUAAAUAUAACACAGAAGAUGGUCAGACCCUAUAUUGCCUCACCUGGACAUUUCGUUUUCCACAUAGCCAUGAUACAUGUUAUUUUGCUCACUUCUAUCCUUACACCUAUACAGACCUGCAGCACUACCUCAUGACUUUAGUAAAGAAUCCACUCUGUUCUCAGUAUUGCAAACUUCGCCCUCUAUGCCGCAGUCUAGCUGGGAACACAGUCUACCUCCUCACUAUUACCAAUCCAUCCAAAAGUGCCAUUGCUGCUGCUGCAAAGAAGGCUAUUGUACUAAGUGCCAGAGUUCAUCCUGGGGAAACAAACAGUUCGUGGGUGAUGAGAGGCUUCCUUGAUUUCAUCUUAAGUGAUUCCCCUGAUGCUCGACUCCUUCGGGAUCUCUUCAUAUUCAAGGUUGUGCCCAUGCUAAACCCAGAUGGAGUAAUUGUUGGAAAUUACCGCUGCUCACUGGCAGGAAGGGACUUGAACAGGAACUACAGAACAGUAUUGAAGGAAUCCUUUCCUUGCAUUUGGCACACUCGAGCCAUGAUCAAAAGGGUCCUUGAAGAUCGUGAAGUUCUGUUGUACUGUGACUUCCAUGGACACAGCCGGAAGAAUAAUAUAUUCAUGUAUGGCUGUAACAACAAAUAUGCACAAGAGCGAUUAUUCCAUGAACGAAUCUUUCCUCUUAUGCUAAGCAAGAAUAUUCCUGACAAGUUUUCUUUCAACAGCUGUAAGUUUCAAGUCCAAAAGUGCAAAGAAGGAACAGGACGGGUUGUGAUGUGGCGAAUGGGGAUAGUGAAUAGCUAUACUAUGGAAUCUACAUUCAGUGGGACAACUCUGGGCAAUAAUAAUAACUCUCAUUUUACCUAUGAGGAUCUCAAAUCUCUGGGCUACCAUGUCUGUGACACCUUAUUGGACUUUUGUGACCCUGACCGUUCUAAGUUUCAGCAAUGCCUAUCUGAACUUAAGGAACUACUGAAGCAAAAAAUCCAGAGAAAGCUCUCAGAGCUGGGCCAUGUACAAAACAUAGAUGGUACUUGGAGUGACAUCUCUCUAUCAGAUGUUGAAUCCAGCACAAGUGGCUCAGACAGUUCCCAGUCAGAUGGCCCCCCUGCACAUUUGCUCAACAUGGAUGAGAAGGAUUUUAAUGAGAAGAAGAAAAAGAAGAAAAAGAAACAACUCAGAACAAGGAAGGAAAGGAAUGAGUUGCAUCAGAAACUUACUCUGAGUCAAACACCAAAACAUAAGAAAGAUACCCUGGUUUUCUCUCUCACACAGUUGCAAAACCAGACUGGGCAGCAGCCCACCUUCUGCUUCACUGGGAAAGGGGAAGGAGGAUCUGCAAAGGAAAGGGGAAGCAGAAUCGCUACGGGGCACCAGGCACCAUCCUGCCAGCAAAGUGCGGCUAGAGUUAGUUGCCAGGAAAGCUCAAUUUCUCCAAGUGUUGAAAAAAAUCAUAGCCUUUCCAAGAGAUCAUGGAGAGACAACAGUUCAGAACAGAAGAACAAGCAAAUGAAUCAAGUACUCUGUGUGUGUCAGAACCGAAAUCUAGAAAAUUCACUCUCUACAUUUGUGCAAGAAGAAAAUGUAGAUAAGAAGUAUCAAGAACUCACUUUGGGUAAGCAGAACAUCCCAAUAAUUGAACCUGAGAUAAAGAUCAAGGGUCCCCAGCCGCUCCUUGUAGCUAUGAUUCCAUCAAUAGAACAGCGACGGAGCCUCACAAAGUCACCCAUCAAACAGCACCCAUUUUCCUUCCAUUUACAGUCUGAUGAAGAACUUCAUGAGAAACAGAAUGCAGGCACUUGUGUUUCAUCCGAAUGUCCUCGUGGUCUUGGAGUCAAACGACACAGGUCCAUGUGGUGGAAUCCUGAAGUGCCUUCUGUGACUUUAAUGCUGCGUCGAAGUCUUUCUUUGAAAUCUCAUAGCAUUAUUGACAACAAAAACCUGUGGAAUCUGAACCAAAGCAGGUCACAGAUUAUUCCCUACCGAGAAUACAAAUGGAAACCACUCAAAAUUGACUACAUGGUUCUGAAGUCUGAAAAUGAACAUCAUGCCAAAGUCAGGGGAACUCCAAACAUGAUUGGACAAAAAUAUUCAUUAUUGAAGAACAGAGAGGGUAAUCCAAAGGCAAAGUUUGUGCACAAGGAACAUCUUGUGCCCUCCUAUGAAGCCAUAGACUUUUAAUAACUCACAAAGAGUUAAUUUGUUAGAAGGAAAGCUGGCACUCUCCUGUUGCAGGCCUAUUACAAAUGUUUAGCACAAAGUCUACUGCAUUUUGAUGAUGAGAGAAUUUGGAGUGUUGAUAAAGAGGAUGGGAGAUUUCAGUUGUCUUAUUUUUAUAGGUUUGUAGCUGAGAUUAGCUAAUAUGAAAGGGCAAAGCUUUCCCCCUGUUAAGACCUUUGGUUAGUACAAUGCAUUUCAGGAAGAACACAUAAUUUCCACCCCUAUAUUUUAUUCAUAAAGUGAAUAUGUAGGAAGUACUUGCAAGGAAGUAUUGGCAGGUAGGAGCUGCUGAACCUCCUUGCCCGCAGCUUCUGCAGAUGCCUCACAUGGCUAUUUUUAAUUAUUCCCCACCAAGUCAGGGUCAAAAAUCAGAAGAGGGGAAAGAUCCAGUGGGCAUAGGAUGACUCAGUGAGUGUGAGGGGUUAAACAGCCUUUCCCUCAUGCUAAUUCUCUAUAAAUUCCACUUCCACCAUCAGACACGCAUUCCCCAGCCCUCCACCAUUACUUCCCAAAUUCACAUUUACUGAGGUUGCAUGUCAUUCUACCAUUUUUUUCCUUUUGUAACCCCCCCCCAAAGUUUGCUAUCAAAUGUGUACAUGAAUUAUUAUUAUUUUAAUGAUGAAGGGUGAAUAUCUGAAAUACUAUUACGUUGAAUUAAUAAUAGAUGAUUGUGUAGCAGUGGGCACAAUUAUAACAGAAACAAUUCUGUUGCUGUAAUGUUGGAACCACACAGGGAAAAAAUGCAAUACUCAGCUACAGGUUUUGUAGCGUUUUUACCUCUAAAGUGGUACUGUUACUCUUUGUGAGUGAAAAGUAUGUCUUGUUGAACAUUAAACGGCAUAGUAAAGGUACUGAAGGUGCAACUCUAUUUUUUUAAGUUUUCAGUUGUCAUAAAAUAAUUGUUAGUGUUCUAAAACACACCCAAACAGAACAUAUUUAUGUAGAAAUCUAUUGAAUGAUAUUUCAUUUUGCACAAUGUAGCUAAAAACUAUUUCUGUGAAGAAUCCAUCCACUCGGGUGUAAACUUUGAUGACCUGUUAUAAACAAGUCAGUUGUGUUA